UGAUGCAUUCGUGUAUUUUUAAAGUACAUUCACUCUCAUUAGACUAAUGUUAUAUCGUUAUUUUGGUUGUUAAACCUUAAGUUAUACAUAAACGGUCACCUCAGCAUUUUAAUCAGAGAGGACAAAGCUUCGCUGCUGUUUUAUCAUCGCAAAUUCAACUGUGACUUGUAAAGUUACCGCGAUUAAGGCAGGUUUGCAUAUGACGGUCGCUCAUACACACUCAGAUACACCCAAUGUGUUCCCUUACCAGGGAAUGAGCGCUGUCUCUAUCAACUGCGCGUUAAUUAGCACAUUCCUCCUGCACUUGAAGUCGAUGUGCGUCGCUGGGCACGACAAAACUCACCAUAGUGCUUGACUUCACUCCUGUCAGAGGAAGACACGAUGGGAUGCACUUCUAGCACUCAGACAACAGCUCAAGACACAACACGACCCAACACCAAACAAGAUGGGACCACAUCAGGAACAAGUAAUGAGAACGGUGGUCCUGCAGCAGACAGCGAGACAAUUCCAGACCAAACCCAGGCUGAGGAAUCUCCACAGACAUCCAGCGCAGCUCCUGUUGACUCAGAGGAAAUUCAGAGCUCUGAAGCUGAAGUAGCUCACAGUGAACCCGAUGACGUUACAUCCGACCAGCCUGCUGAACCUGAACCCAGCCCUUCCACGACAGCUGACAAUACUGAAGAACCAGCACCAAGUGAAAAAACAACUGAGGACCAGGCUGAAUCUUCCCCACCAGAGGAAGCACCUGCCUCUGGUGAAGGUAGUUAAGUGUACAUCAUUUGGCACAGUUACGACAGAAUCCAGAGUCAACCACCUAUUUUCAAUAAAAUCAACAUUUCAUAUGAAUAAUUUAAAAAUGUAGUGGAGCAUUAGUUUAUUAAUUAUAUAGAUACUGCUUGUUCGUUGCCAAGACAUAGACCAGCCGGUCUUCAGAGCCUGUGCCUGAUUUCACAUACACAGAAUCCAAACAUCUCACUCUAGUUAUGGUUUAGUGAAUUAUAAUUGCUCACUUUAGCUAGAGAUUUCCUUCAAGAUUUUAUAUUGGUGCCUAUUUUAGUGGCUUUACCCCUCUAAAAAUACAAAAAGCCAAAGAGAAUAUUAAAAUUGUGGAAUGCUCUUUAUAUAAUUAUGUAACAUUUUGACCAACUGAGGUAAAAUACCCAAAUAUUAUUUACAUUUGAAAUGACAAUGGAUAUAAUAUUUGAAAAACAGGCUUUUUGGCUGUAUUUAUUGUCUGCUAAUGUUUUCCUGCAACAAACACAAACUCUACAAAUGUUAGAAAUGUUGUUUUUGUGGUGUGAUUUGGUUUAAUGUGAUAAUUACAUUUAAAAAUAAAGUUUAAUUUAAA